GAUUCAUCAAAGCAUAGCUCGUGUUAUCUUACUCUCUACAAAUCCCACUACAAACUUGUUGGUUCUAUAUUACAGUACAUAAAAAAUGAGUUCAGCGAGUAAGGCUUGGUUGGUAGCCGCUGCUAUCGGAGGUGUUGAGGCGUUGAAAGAUCAAGGGUUCUGUAGGUGGAACUACACAUUGAGAUCCCUACACCACCAUGCCAAGAACCAUGUCAGAUCAGCCUCUCAGGCCAAGAAGCUUUCUUCUUCAUCCUCAGCCAUGAUCUCAAAUAUAGUCAAGGAAGAGAAGGCAAAACAGUCGGAGGAGUCUUUAAGAAAAGUCAUGUACUUGAGUUGUUGGGGUCCAAACUGAAGCUAUGAAUCUAGUAGAUGAAAUCGAGGGACUUAGUUUAUAGGAGUAAUUGAAUCCUUGCAAGCUUAUGCAAAUUGUAAAUUUUGAUCCUCAUUUGGAGCUGUAGAGGCAUUGAAGGACCAGGGUUUUUGCAGAUGGACCUACACCAUGAGAUCAUUACACAAACAUGCAAAGAAUAAUAUGAGGUCAAUCUCUCAGGCCAGGAAGCUUUUUCUUCAUCUUUUGCUAUGGUUUCGAGUAAAUUGAGGGAAUCAAGCCAAUCCGAGGAGUCUAUGAGGAAAGUCAUGUACUUGAGUUGUUGGGGUCCAAAUUAAAUGAGUUGAGAAGUUUGCCAUGAGAAUCUGAUGCCUUAUGCAGGCUGAAGCUGGUCCAUUGAGAAGAACAUAGUCAAAGCCAUGAUUAUGGUUUGUGGGAGAAAAUUUGCGGGGCUUGAUUAGUGAUUGAUGCAAGCCUGAUGUGAACUGUAGCUAGUCUGACUGCCCUCUCAUGAUCAGCUUGUAAUUACACCAUUGAUAUAUGCAACACGAAAAUUUUAUGGAACAAAAA